UCAAGGCUUUUGGUUGCCUCGAAAAACUGUUCUUUGUUUUAUGUUUCCAUCUAUCUAGCUUGAGGUUUCCUGUGUUUAUUUUAAAGCCCAGAAAUCAAAUUUUAUCUCGAAAAACUUGAAAACAGAAUUCCGUGAUUAAAGAAACCAUUCUCACGGAAGCCCUUUUGCAUUACAGAACCAAAACUCUACUCCACUGUUUUUUCGCAUGUUCACAUUAAAAAUCUCAGUUUUUAGUUCGAUAUGGAAAAUUAGAUAGCCGUCACAGAAAGAAAAAAAGAGAAGGAAAAUGCAGAGAGGAGAGAAUAAAGUAAUAGUAGCCUGGUAGAUUUAUGGGGUUUUGUCCAACAACUUAAGAUUUCUUAGUCAAAAUCAGAUCUUUAUGAGUUGGGACUGUAUCUUUAAGAGACCCAAAACAAGAAAAUUUACUACAAUGCUGCCAAGGGAUAGAGUUGACAAUUCUCCCAGGCCACAACCAUGAAAACAGAGAGUGAAAGACCCUCUCCUUCGCUGAAAACCGGAAUCAUUGAGCUCGGGUUAUCACUCUUGAAAAGGAGUAACGAGGACCCAUAGGAAGGACCAAUAAAUAGAAGCUGCUGUAUUUUCUUUUUUCUUAUUAGACAAAUUUCAGGAAUCCUACUUUCCAAAACCCCGACUCAAAAAGAAAUCAUGUCCAAAACUCGAAGCUUUUGUUAUUUGAAUCCGUGGCUUUAAAUCUCCAAAAUCAUGGUGAUAUGACUGAAAAUACACUGUCAGUGCUUCUCUGUUCUCAGUCUAUUUGCUUUUCGUAGCUCAGCUCAGCAGUGACGUGCAACACUUCGGAGGUUAUUUACUGUAGUUGCAGUCGUCCUUGGCAAGAACAAGUUGGUUUUUAGUUACAGUUUCUCUCUUACAUAACCAGUAACUCUUUGCAGAAACCACUGGUUCUUGCAUAUCUCCUGGGAAUGAAGAAUCAGGUUGCAAAGCAAGAACCCUUCCUUUCUAUAAGUGAAGUGGCGAGGCUCUUUCUAUAAGUGAAGUUCACUGUUAUGUGUUGGGCCAUGGGUGCUGGGCUCCAAAAUCAGGAGGGGGUGCCAGAAAACCACCUAAGCAAACAACUUGCGUUUGCUGUUAGAAGCAUCCAAUGGAGUUACGCGAUCUUCUGGUCUAUCUCAACUAGACAACAAGGGGUGCUCGAGUGGGGAGAUGGGUACUAUAAUGGAAACAUUAAGACAAGGAAGACAAUACAACACAUGGAGCUUAAUGCUGACCAAAUGGGUUUGCGAAGGAGUGAGCAAUUGAGAGAGUUAUAUGAGUCGCUUUCAGCGGGUGACACUAUCCAGCAGGCUAGGAGACCUUCAGCAUCAUUAUCUCCUGAAGAUCUCACAGAUGCAGAGUGGUAUUAUUUGGUUUGCAUGUCCUUCAUAUUCAGUCCUGGACAGGGGUUGCCAGGAAGAGCACUAGCAAAUGGUCAACCGAUCUGGUUAUGUAAUGCUCAUUAUGCUGACAGCAAAGUAUUUUCUCGCUCUCUGCUAGCAAAGAGCGCAUCAAUCCAGACUGUAAUAUGCUUUCCAUUUUUGGGUGGCGUGGUUGAGUUGGGAGUGACCGAGCUGGUAUUGGAGGACCCAAGCCUUAUUCAACAUGUGAAAACUUCAUGUCUGGAGUUCCCAAAGCCCAUUUGUUCUGAGCAAUCAACUUCCAGCCCACAGAAUGCUGACAAUGAGGAGAACCCUACAGUCAAACAUGAGGUAGUUGAUUCCAUGGCUUUGGAUAAACUUAACCCAGUAUCAGAAUGUGAGGUGCAACCAGAGAUAGCACCUCAAGAAGCAUUGCCACCUUCCUCUCCAAACAUGCCUAAGGAAGAAAUUGAGUUUGAGCAGGAUGGGGUUGAAGAAUUAGUUGGCGUAAAGUCAGGAUCACCUGAUGACAGUUCAAAUGAGUACAAGGCCAAUCAACCAACUGAGGAAUCCUUCAUGCUUGAGGGUGUAAAUGCUGGUACUUCUCGUGCCCACAGAUGGCAGGCUAUGGAUGAUGAGUUCAGCAAUUGCAUGCAUGGUUCCAUAAAUUUAAGUGACAGCAUAUCUCAAACCUUUGUAAAUCCUCAGAAAGUUGUGUCUUCUCCAAAGGGUGAAAGAACAAAUAAUCUUCAGCUUCAAGACCUUCAGGAAUGUAAUCACACUAAACUUCGUUCCUUGGAUCUUGGAACUGAUGACUUGCACUACACUAGAACUCUUUCUGCCAUUUUUAAGAACUCGCACCCUUUGAAUGUAUCACCAAACAGCUUCCACGGUGGCAAUCACGAGUCCAGCUUCAAGAGUUGGGUGAAAGGAGGAUUUAUAGAUGCACAGAAGGUGAAGAUUGGAACACCUCAAAAGAUUUUAAAGACGAUUUUGUUUGAAGUUGCUUUAUUGCAUGGUGGUAGUUCACUCAAGUCCCGGGAGGAAAUUACUGGUAAAGUCGGUAUUUGCAGACUCGAAGGGGAUUAUGUUGGUAUGAACCAUGUCUUGUCAGAGAGGAAGAGAAGGGAAAAAAUGAAUGAGAAGUUUUUGAUCCUGAGGUCACUGGUUCCUUCUAUUAGCAAGGUUGACAAAGCAUCUAUACUUGCUGAUACCAUAGAGUACCUGAAAGAUCUUGAGAGAAGGAUUGAAGAGUUGGAAUCUUGCAAGGAGUUACCAGAGUUUGAAGCAAGAACAAGAAGAAAGCAUCCAGAUAUGGUAGAAAGAACAUCUGACAACUAUGGCAACAAUGACAUUUCUAAUGGCAAGAAGCCUUCCAUAAACAAGAGGAAGGCUUCUGAUAUUGAUGAAAGUGAACCAGAGCUCAAUCAGGUUUUAUCUACUGAUUGCUUAGCAGCAGAUGUGACUGUCAGUAUGAUUGGUAAGGAAGUUUUAAUUGAGAUACGGUGUCCUUGGAGGGAUUGUUUGUUCCUUGAUAUCAUGGAUGCAGUAAGCAAUCUCCAUUUAGAUGCACACACUGUUCAAUCAUCCACUGUUGAUGGGAUACUCAGUGUAACACUUAAAUCUAAGUUUAGAGGAGCAGCAGUUGCAUCAGCAGGAAUGGUCAAACAAGCACUUGGUAGAGUUAUCAGCAAGGGUUGAGAAUCAUUUCAUUAACCAUCUAGAUAUUUAUCUUCGGUGGAUACUUAUCAGGUGUCAGACCCAUGGCUGCCAUGUUAGUGCCAACUUUCAAGUGCAAACUAGUUGUACUAUCCCUGUUGAAGAUCAAAACUGUAAAAUCUAGAAAUAGGUUUCUUUGGCCACUGUUUACAAUGUAGUAUUGUUCUCCUUGCUGCCAUGUUUCCUUUUUAGAUUUGUCUAAAAGGAGAUACCAGGACAGUUCAUUGAAGAAAAAUAAGAGGAAUCAGGAUGCUUGAAUUUCUAUUCUAGGAGCAGAAUUGAUUUAGCAGAUGACUGUUAGCACUGCUGAUUUACCUCAGGAGUGUGCGCUUCAUGAAGGACCCCCAAACAUGAUUCAUUUGUUGCAUGUAGCUGAUCCAUAUGGUUGGGUAUAGCUUGGAUGAUGAUGAUGAUGAUGAUGAUGAACCAACCUGAUUAUUGGUGAAUUUCAUUUCUCCCAUCAACCUUCUCUGACUUUGUGAUUGGGUUAUGGUGUAUUACAUGAUGAUCAUUUAGAUUUAGAGCAAACAAGCUAUUAUCCA